AUGAAACCUGAUGAUAGACCUUUGUGGUUUGACGUGUACAAGGCAUUCCCGCCAAUUGUCGAACCUAAAUUUGCGAGACCGAAGCCAGAGAACCAGCAAAUAAGACCCAUUUUAUAUAAAGAAGACGUCAUUAGAGCUAAAUUUCAUUCGAAAGGCCACGGAACAAGUGCCAAUAUGCUAACUCCAGGUGGAGAAUCGUAUACAAAACGACUAAUUCAAAAAUACGAUCAGUUGAAAUCGGAAGGAGUAGCCGAAGAAGGACUUAUUGAUAAAUCAGUUGCCGCUGUGACCAGUGAACGGAAAACAGAAACCCAUAAUGUGGCUAAAAAUCCGGAAUCUGUUUCUUCCAGCGUUUUAUCAGAGGCGAACAUCCAAAAUAUUUUUAAAGAACAAUAA